AUGCCAUGGAGUUGGGAUGCCUCGUUGCUGGCGGUUUGGCUGAUCUGGAGUGUGAGCAGUGAUCCACUGGCGGAUGCGGGAGAGCAUGGAGACCUCACAAAGGUGACGCAGCCGGUUUACGUCGACAUCGCGAGUGGUCUGGUCUCCGAGUUUCGCACCACGCCAGCGCCGUGGGCGGCGGGGAAUCCGGAGAUGGAGUGGUUGGGCACUGGGAGAUCGGACGCGGCCGGGCGAACGGCCCUGCAUUGGGCUGCACGUUGGGGUGACGUAGAGGUGGUGGAGUGGUUGCUGAGCCAGCAAGGGUCGAAACCUGAGGUGGAAGCGAAGGAUCGAGUGGGCCAAAGGGCACUUCAUUUCGCUGCGAAGUAUGAUCACUUGGAGGUGGUCAAGAGUCUUGUGAACCAAGGAGCGGAUCUAAAUGCUCAAGAUGAGGAUGGCUGGACACCACUGCAUGGGGCUGCUGAAUAUGGCCUCGUGGACGUGGUGAAGUGGCUCCAAAGCCAUGGAGCCGACUCAGAUGUUCAGGAUCGGCGUGGCCGCACAGCUCUUCAUCAUGCAGCCACCACUGGACAGCUGAAAACGGUGCAGUGGCUGAUGAGGCAUGGAGCCAGUGUCCACUUGAAGGAUUGGGAGGGGCUCACUGCGUUGGGGGUGGCGGCCACGGCAGGACGCUGGGAGAUCGUCGAGGUGCUGGCGAAUCGGACGCAGAUGGUUGGGGGAAGGGAGGAUGUGAAUGCUCUGAUGGCCUUCCAGUUGGCGGGCAAGGAAGGUCAGUGGGGUGUCGCUAGAAGAUUGAAGGAUCGUUUGGCUGCUGGUGGCACAGCAGUGGUUCUGAUGGAAGCGAAUGGCAACUGUGGACAGAGACCUGGUCUGGCUGAGCUAAUUUGCUCUCAAAACAAGCUCACGAACUUGAUGCCAGGAUGCCUGCAAGACAUCACCAAGGAGGCAGCCGCAUGUUGGCUACAGCUGGGUGGGAACCCUUUGGCCCACUCCAGUUCGGGCACGCCGUACGUCCUCCUUCUGGGCGACGCUGCGACGAAAGGCUUCUGGCUUCAGCAGGUAGGUUGGACAUCCGCCAUGCUCCACAUCUUCUCCAGUCCGCUCGCCUGGUCUUUGCUCCUCACUGCCCUGGGCCUCUCUGCCGCCCUGCUCCUCCUGCGGGGCCCUCGACCUUGCGACGUCGACGGCGCGCCGGACGGCUUCGAGGCGAUGUGCAACGUGGUGAUCUGUGGCGCGUUGGGGCUGUGGAUCGUGCGCUGGGACUGGUGGUUGGGCCUCUGGGUAGUGGUCUUCAUCGGCCCGGCUUUGUGUCGGUGGAAGGGAAAGCUCUUCCAAGAGCCCAUGCUGUUGAUCGCAGCGCGGGGACCUCUACACGUCUUUGGGGCUCUUCUUCGAUUCAUCAGUCUAACGCUGGGGAUCCUGAUUGUCUAUGCCGGCACGCUGGAUAUCCCAACGGCGCAUUACUUCCAGUGCGAGCAGAGGUGGUUGACCUCUGAUCCCAGUGGUUGGGAUCCGCCCUGUUGGCUUUUGGACAGUUCCUUUUUGCAUUGGGCGCAUGAUGUUGGUGCUUGGAUUCCCGUGGUAGGUGCUUGGGUGCCGUUCAUAAAGAUCAACCCUUGGUUCAAAGACAUCAACCGGAAGCUGACUGGCUGGUUGGGGCACCAGCGCUGGGAAUGGGGAUUUGGUUCUAUCUCCGCAGAAGACCUCCUGUGGGCGGCGCUUAUGAUGACGUUUUGCGCGGCAGUCAUCUACAUCUUGAUCUCGAUGAUGUACCUUUGGGUCCACGUGUUCAGCUCUUGUUCAGGCCAAACCAGCACUGACGAGUUGAUGAGGAAGAAUGAGCUUUGGAAGCAGGUGACAGACCUCAUGGAACAAGAGAAGAUACAGCCAGGGCAAAUGAUGCUUCCAGAUGCUCUUGAUCUAGAAGUUGGCUUUGAUGCCAAGAGGCCUUUCAGGAGCUUGUGGGUCAAAGUUGCCCUGAUGUUCCUGGACAUCAUCUUGGAUUUUAACACCAUCUUCCUGUUGCUGGCCUGUAGGAUGUAUCCCUUUGCCUUUGCGAUGACUUUGGUGAUCUCUUACACCAUCAUGCACCAGGUCUUCUUUUGCAAUCUGCUGCAUGUCGUUGAAGCGACACGCCAGAGCGUACAGCGAGGUGUCAUGAGAAACGACUUGGUGACACUCCAUGGAGAGAGAGGCUUCGAAGCCUUCUUUUCGCUUUGUAUCACGUCCUAUAGCCUGGUGUAUUGCGUGAACAGCUUGUUUGAAGCCUUUACACAGCUCUUGAGCCUGACGCUGUCCAUCUACAUGAUCGCCUGGCACCUUGAUGAGCUUUUAGACGAAGACCUGGACGAAGACGCAGAGUUUGAGGUCGUGGAAGGGGAGGAUUCGGAUUCGAUGCCGUCUUUGUCUGACUCCAAUUCAUCUUCGGAAGUGAAGCUGAUGGACCGAUGUGACGCGCGUUUGGACUGGGGCCCGAUGGAUGACCCUGAUGGCCUCAUAGCCGUGAGGCGGGAGGCUCCCAUCGCAAGCAGCAGCUUCGUCCGACUUCGGACCACCUGCUUCGUCGUGGAAGCGUCCGCCGAAGAAGAGUCUCAUUUUUCGAGCCCUGACUGGCCCACAGAGGUCUUUCCUGGUGCGAGCUACAAAACCUUCAUACAAUUUCUACUUGAGUGGCUGGCUGUUCCAAGUGGAGCAAACAUUGUUGCAUAUUGUUGCAACACUUGGUAUUUUCAUGAUAACACCAAACAUGCAGCCAGAGUACUCGGCCGAUCCGUGUCUUGGGCCGUGCGCAUGGCUUGGCUGGCAGGGUGCGCCAAUGCUUCAAAGGCGGUGUUUUUGCUGGCACUAUUGUCACCCAGAUGCUUUUGUUGCGUUGCACCUUGUUUUGAGAUCGCGCUUGGAGCUCUUGGUGUCUCGGGAAGAAACUUGGCAGCGCCCGCAGCUGCUUUCAUUGACUACCAAAAGAACUGGAAUGCUUCGUUGGCUGCUCGGCUAGGUCCCCCCAUCGUCACCAUCCCUGGUGGAGUGCAUCCCAAUGCAAGUUUUGGAGCCAUCAGUUUGCAUAUGGAAAGAACGUUUGGAACACAGGAAGUGGGAAUGGCUGCAGCCUUGGACUUGAUGUCUGGUCAGACGGGUGAGAAACCGGUCGUUGGAUUGAUCGGCCCCUCGUAUUCAUCAGUCUCAAUGCCAAUUGCCACUGUGGCUGCUGUUCGGCAGAUUCCCCAAGUAUCAUGCUGUGCAACCAGCCCUGCAUUGUCCAACAAGGACUCUUACCCCUUCUUUCUUCGAACUGUGCCGCCCGAUACCAUCCAGGCACGUGCCUUGUGGCAUUGGAUUAGACAUUUCGAGGUUCCAAUAGCAGCUUGCCUCUAUUCAGCCGAGGGCUAUGGACAAGGUCUUUUUGAUGAACUCAAGGAGCUUGCCCGGGUCGACGGUCAGCAAGACCGCGUGCAGGGCCAAACCCUCCGUGACAUGCAGCAAGAAUUUGUUGCAGAAGAGGCCCGUACUUCAGUAAGGCUCCUCAAACAGAUCGGCUCUCGCUUUGUCGUACUGCUCGUGGGCUGGCACUUGGCUGCGCCCCUCCUUGACAUCCUCGAUGAGGAGGAGAUCUUGAGCCCAGCUUGGCAAGUGCUGGGGUCAGAGACCAUAGCAGAUUCCAUUGCUGCCAAAAAGACAGUCGGUUUCAUGUACUUUCUGCCCUCUGGCAAAGGUGCCAAGUUUCCAGACUUACAGCGGCUUUGGUCACUGCUCGGACCACAAGACAUCUACGGCACAGACCAGAUGCGGGUGGCCAUGGGCCUGUUCGGGAACGAGGGCUUCACUGAAGGUGAAGCUUCUAGCUUGACUCCAAGCGAUUCCUUUCACUUCGAUGCAGUCUACACCUUCAUCGUCGCCAUCAACCAGUUGCUUGCUGAAAUGGAUCCCAGUGCAAUCAAGGGCCAGGUUCUUUUAGAACAAAUGCGCCGCGUGCGCUUCACGGGUGCCUCGGGCGAGGUGAGCUUUAAUGAGAAUGGUGACCGCUUCGGAACCUACGAGCUCAUGAACAUCCAGUCAGAUGGCAGAGCCAUUGCUAUCGCCUCCUUCAGUUCUCUCACUUUGAGUUUCACAUUUCACCACCAGCCAAUCUGGAUGGAUGGAGGGGUGCGCAGCAUGCCCCCACAGGAGCUCUACUCUUGCGAGCCUGGUUUCUACUGGGAAGACCAGUCGAGACAGUGCAGGAAGUGUCCGAAAGGCACGAUGUGUGUGGGAGGAGCGACCGCUUCGUUGAUGUCUUGCCCGAGAGGUACCUUUGCUUCGGAGAUUGGUAUGAUGAACUGCACUCCUUGCCCCAAAGGUAGCUUCGCCUUGGAUGCCGGCUCUGUGCAAUGCACUCCCUGUCCACCUGGCACUGAGGGGCCGCAGGAAGGAAUGGAAAUUUGCAGCAGGUGUGUGUCAGGUUUCUACAUGCCUUUAGGUGGGAGCUCUCAAUGUAUCCCUUGCGGGAAAGGGCAGAUUACUCCAGAGACAGGCUCCACGGCCGUGUCUGACUGCCUGUGUGCGGAGCAUUCCUUCAUGUGCGAGGAGAGAGGUUGCUUACCAUGCCCAGUGGGACUGCAUUGUCCUCAGGGUUUGGGGCCUCCACAACAGCAGGGUGGCUUUUGGGCCGACCCCAAUGCUUCACAUUGUGACUUCUCAGUCUUACGCUGCCGAGAUGACCUGGAGUGCCCUCCAGGACCCCUGGGAGGAUGUUCGGAUGGCAGAGAGGGACAAGCUUGCAACAACUGCCAGGCCAGCCAUUACCCUCGUGGCAUCGGGGCAUGUGAGCAUUGUGAAGAUGGAGAUACAUUGCCGCUCAUUCUGGGGGUUAUGUUGUUCCUUUGUGGCUUGUUCCUCAUCAGUCGUUCACACUGGGACCCAAGCCAAGUGAGUUUGAACACCGUGACAGCAGCCUCAGUGAGCGGCCAGCUCCUCAUGUCAAUUCAGGCUUUGGGGUCCAUCCGAGAACUAUCGAUCCAAUGGCAUGAACCGGUAAAGACCCUGAUCAACCUGACGAAGAUCCUCAUGUUCGACUUCCACUUCGUGCGAACUUCUUGUUUCUUUGGAACAGACAGUCCCGUACUCUUCUUUGUCAACCGCUUGCUCAUGUGUCCGGUUGCUUGCGCUCUUCUGGUGUGCAGUUGGAUCGUAAGCAAGGUGCGCGGGCGGCCGAAGCCAUUCAACACCGUCAUGAACCAGUGUGGGUUGUUGAUCUUUGCUUUCUUCCUGUCGAUCACCCGCACGACACUGAUUCCUUUUCAGUGUGUGUCCAAUCCAAAUGGAAGCAGCUCAAUGUUGGCGCACCCGGGCAUCAUUUGCUAUGAGUCAGCAGAUCACGCCAUUUUUGCUGGACUUGCACUGGUAGGAGUUGUGACUCAGCCUGUGGCAGUGCUGGUGUUGGCGAGCUAUCUCAUCUACACGUAUCCAUCGCACAUUGCCAGUGGCCAGGGUCUUCGCUUUUCCGCUCGGUACCGCUUCCUCUUCCAUCGAUUCAAACCUGAGGCUUACUACUACGGCUUGGUUCUUCUCUAUCGCAAUGGCUUGGUGGCUCUUCUGCCUACAGUGCUGGUGGGCGUUCCUGAGCUUCAAGUGCCUCUCAUGGGCAUCAUCUUGAUUGCUGUCCAGAAUCUGGAGGUAUACGCAUGCCCAUGGCGUACUGAAUUGGCCAAUUUGGUUGAUAUGCUCUUGACUGACCUUCUCCUCGUGAUUCUGCUCAGUGCUGGCCCCUUGCUACUGACAGACAAGACACAGACUGAGGCAAUGCUAGGUUGGCUUCUUUGUGUCCCAGUUCUUGCAAUCAUGCUUGUGGCUUUGCUAAGCUUUGUCAAAUUUGCAGUGAAGCAUCUUCGGCCAAAAGAGCAGCUCUAUGGUAUUUUCCUAUGCCAUCACAAGGCUGGCGCGGGAAGCCUGUGCCGCUUGAUCAAGAUCCUGAUUGCUCAACACUCAUCCACUCGCGUGUUCUUGGACAGUGACCAGUUGGAAAACCUUGACUUGCUCUUCGACAUUGUCAGGACAUCGGUCAAGAAUCUAGUAGUUGUGUUGACCCCAGAGCUGUUGUCAAGGAGUUGGUGUGCUGGCGAAAUCGUCACGGCAUGGAAGAAUAGCAUCACGACCGUGCCAUUGGUCUGUGAUGGCUUUGAGAUACUCUCCGAUGAGGCACAGAAGCAGAUCCCAGAACUUUGGACGCCUCACCAGAAGGCUCAGCUCUCAAACUAUGGGGUGGAGAUCGAUGAUUUGAACGCAGCGUAUGCGUGGCUGCAGCAUGAAUUGACUUCUCUCAAGAUGCCACGAUUUGGUCCGGUUGGUGACCGGGAAGUGGUGGUCGUGGACCUGCUGAGUCUUUGCGGCCUAUUUCCUUCUCGGCGUCCGAGUGAGAGAGCUUCGAUUAAGGUCUCACGGCCUCGCAUUCUCAUUCUCAGCUCCUUGAUGGAGGCAGAGUUUCUGUCCGCCUGCGAGGUCUUCCAGUCAUUACUCCAGGUGCAGCUGAGUGUCGAGUGUGAAGUGAUCCAGGGGAUUCAGCAAAUGGCAACUUGUCGGCCAUUUGCCUACUACCUGGUGGUGUUGCUUUUCCGCGGCAUCUUCCGGGAUAAAGACUUUGCCAAGCUCCUGCUUCAUGCUGCAUAUUGCGCUCCUUCCCAGCGGACCUUGGAAAUGGUGCCGGUCAUUGCCGACAGCAAUUUUGACUUUCCGAGCAUUGACACCUUGAUGAAGAGAAGCCCCAUCACUGCGCCAAUUCCCGGAGGUCUUGCUCACGCACAGCAGGUUCUUAAGGGCUUGCGCACAGUGUUGGCUCUGCCAUUUGCACCACAUUCAUCAGCAGGUUUGCAACAGAGCCAAGUGGCAGAGAUUGCAUCGCGCAUGCACCGGUAUGAGGAUUCCGUGGCCGCCGCCGCGAAUGAUGAGAAGGACGAUCGCUUGGUACAUGACAGUGCUGAGCUCGUGCCCCACUGGAGCCACUCCCUGGGAGUGCGCCACUUUGUGGGAGAGGUGGACUCCGAUGCUCCCGACGGGACCGACGGGAGCAUCGCGGGUGAAAUGGAGAUGGUGGAAGUGGCUUUUUAGUGCGGCGAAGCCAGAGAUUGUGGAGCCUUGCCCCUGUGCAGUGCCUUUUUGGGAUGGAAUUGUUGAAAGGCCUCUAUUGAGCAGGGGAUUUACCGCGGUUUGAGCGGUUCAACCCUUUCCUUGGAUCCUGGUAAAGGCUUUCAUCGAGCUCUGAGGUCUAGAUAUCAGAUGGUUUCACAGGACGUGAUAAAGUUGUAGCCACCCACAGUUGCACCCAAAAAAGGUGCCAAACACGUUUCACACAGGAGGUUUGGGGGUUCAGACUCGCCUGCAAAAUUCUUUGCGCCUGAAGUGUCGAAGUUGUGACCUCAAUGCAGG